UCCGCCCACGGGAGCGCGCGCCGCGGAAUGCUGCUCUGAUUCCAGCGCGGUGGAAAAAAGUUUCUCAGAGAUGGAGCGAGUGCUGAGGCGCUGAUAUCUGCACUUUUACCCAUGAUAUUAAACGCGAAAAGGAAAUUCAGUUGACGCGGACCUGCCAAGAACCUUCCCCUCUUCCAUAUUCGUGCGGAAUUAAAACUUUAACGGAUCGAUUUCGUCAACUUUUUAUUAGUUUUCUUCCUCUGGGUGAAAAUGCCGCAGCCCGCUCGCGCUGUGAGCUUCGUGCUGCUCGUGUUUCACGUUACGGGAUUUACAGCGAUUAACGGAGGCUCGGAUCGAUCGGAACCGGAGCCGUGUCCGUCUGCUUGCUCGUGUGCGGGAUUUGUAGCGGACUGUAGUGGAUUAAAACACGGCAGGAUCGUGGAGCGGCUGCCCGCGCGGAUCACGCGUCUGGAUCUGAGCCAUAACAAGUUACGCACGUUUCCUGAAGCGCUGCUCGCCAGUCUGCCGCAGCUCAGCGAAAUAAAACUGAGUAACAACGAGUUCGAGUCGAUCCCGGAUUUGGGCCCGAACGCUGGAAACCUCAGCAGUCUGAUUCUAGCAAACAACAGGAUCUCGAGGAUUUCAGCAGAGCGGCUCAGUUCGCUGGUCGCCCUGGAGACGCUGGACCUUAGCAACAACAAUAUUAUGGAGGUUCGCGCCGGGACUUUUCCUCCUCUUCCUCUGAAAAACCUGUUGAUGAAUAAUAACCGUAUUUCCACGCUGGAGCACGGCUGCUUCAGUAACCUGUCCAACACGCUGCUGGUGUUAAAACUCAACAAAAACCGCCUGAGCUCCAUCCCGCCCAAGAUCUUCCCUCUGCCGCACCUGCAGCACCUAGAGCUGAGCAGGAACCGCGUGCGGCGCAUCGAGGGUCUGACGUUCCACGGGCUUCACGGCCUGCGCUCGCUGAAGAUCCAGAGGAACGGCAUCACGCGGCUCAUGGACGGCGCUUUCUGGGGUCUGAACAACAUGGAAGUCCUGCAGCUGGAGUACAAUAACCUGACGGAGGUGAGCAAAGGCUGGCUCUACGGCCUCCUGACGCUGCAGCAGCUGCAUCUGUCACACAACGCCAUCAGCCGCAUCAAACCCGACGCCUGGGAGUUCUGCCAGAAACUCGCCGAGCUCGAUCUGAGCUGGAACCAGUUGAGCCGUUUGGAGGAAAGCAGUUUCGUUGGACUCAGCGUCCUCGAGCAGCUCCACAUCGGAAACAACCGCAUCAGUUUCAUCGCUGACGGAGCGUUUCGAGGCCUCGCCAACCUGCAGGCGCUAGAUCUGAAGUAUAAUGAAAUCUCAUGGACCAUCGAGGACAUGAACGGCCCUUUCUCUGCUCUCGACAAUCUGAGGAAACUGUUCCUCCAAGGCAAUCGUAUCCGAUCGGUCACCAGGAAGUCCUUCACAGGCCUGGACAUGCUGGAGCAGCUGGACUUGAGCAACAACGGCAUCAUGUCGGUUCAAGCCAACGCGUUCUCUCAGAUGAAGAAGCUCACAGAGCUGCACCUGAACACGUCCAGCCUGCUGUGCGACUGCCAGCUGAAGUGGUUUUCUCCAUGGGUGGCCGAGCACGCUUUCCUUCCUCUGGUGAACGCCAGCUGCGCCCAUCCACAUAUGCUCAAGGGCAAAAGCGUCUUUGCCGUUGCCCAGGAUGAGUUUGUGUGCGAUGAUUUCCCCAAACCCCAGAUCACCGUGCAGCCUGAGACACAAUCAGCCAUCAAAGGCACCAACGUGACGUUCAUCUGCUCCGCAGCCAGCUCCAGCGACUCCCCGAUGACCUUCGCCUGGAAGAAGGACAACGAGAUCCUGAACGACGCAGAGAUCCAUAACCAGGCUCACCUGCGCUCUCAGGCCGGAGAGGUCACGGAGUACACGACCACACUGCAGCUGCGCCACGUGGAGUUCACUAGUGAGGGCAAAUACCAGUGCGUCAUCUCCAACCACUUCGGCUCCUCGUACUCCAUCAAAGCCAAACUCACCGUCCACAUGCUGCCGUACUUCACCAAAAUGCCGAUGGAUCUGACGAUCCGCGCCGGAGCCACCGCGCGUCUGGAGUGCGCCGCCAGCGGACACCCGUCUCCUCAGAUCGCCUGGCAGAAAGACGGAGGCACGGACUUCCCUGCGGCCCGCGAGCGGCGGAUGCACGUCAUGCCGAGGGACGACGUGUUCUUCAUCGUGGACGUGAAGACGGAGGACAUCGGCGUAUACAGCUGCACUGCGCAAAACACGGCCGGCGCCAUCUCUGCUAACGCUACGCUAACGGUGCUGGAGACGCCGUCGUUCCUGCGUCCGCUGAUGGACCGCGCGGUGGUGAAGGGCGAGACGGCGGUGCUGCAGUGUAUCGCGGGCGGCAGUCCUCCGCCCCGACUCAACUGGACCAAAGACGACAGUCCGCUGCAGGUGACCGAGCGCCACUUCUUCGCCGCCGGAAACCAGCUGCUGAUCAUCGUGGACGCUGCGGACGGAGACGCAGGAACCUACACCUGCGAGAUGUCCAACCCGCUGGGCACCGAGCGAGGGAACGUGCGACUGGCCGUCAUGCCCAACCCAAACUGUGAUUCGGGGCCGGCGGCCAGCGGGGCCCUGGGGCCGGAGGAGGACGGCUGGACCACGGUGGGCAUCGUGAUCAUCGCUGUGGUGUGCUGCGUGGUCGGAACCUCGUUAGUGUGGGUCGUGAUCAUCUAUCACACACGCCGACGCAACGAAGACUGCAGCGUCACCAACACAGAUGAGACGAAUCUCCCGGCAGACAUCCCGAGCUACCUGUCGUCUCAGGGAACGCUAGCGGAGCGUCAGGACGGAUACAUGGCGUCUGAGAGCGGCAGCAGCCAUCAGUACAUCAGCUCCUCCAUGGGAGGAUUCUACAUGCCGCCCAAAGACAUCAACAGCCUCUGCCAGCUGGACACAGGAAGUGAAGCGGACAUGGAGGCGGCGAUCGACCCCCUGCUGUGCCAUUAUCAGGGACCGGUGGGUUCACUGCUGAGACGGAGCAACCGCUACAGCCCGGACCUGCCCGACACCUACAGCGUGUGUGCGUCAGAGCAGCGGCCCGUCGGAGCCACUUCCUCCUGCAGCAGGAAGCGGGAGUUCUACACCUGCAGCUCUGCCCUCGAGCCCUUCGAUCACAUGAUGAUGCAGCUGGGUGACACUUCCUGUGUGGAGGACUGUGAGAGAGGAGAGUGCAUUCUGGGCUCCUCGGGAUCAUAUAUGGGUACGUUCGGGAAAGCGCCGUGGCGGCCGCAGCAGGAGCUCUGCACUCAUAACGGCGUCAUUCUUCACGAGAAUCCAUACGCAGCGUUUCACGCCGACUCGGACCUGGACUCGGAGCAUGCGGCGGAGCCGGACGCGAGCGUUUACGAGCAGCCGUUUGAUCACCGGACGAUAGAGAGCUUUCCCACGUCACCGCUGGGCUCUUAGCGCCUUCGACAAGAGGACGACCAAAAUCCAGAAACGCUCUACCUCAAGAAAGGAGCUGCGACUGAAUGUAAAUGACACGUUUGUACAGAAAAACAGAUUAUAUGCAUUUUAUACGAAAUUAUAUUUUGUAAAUUAAUAGUGUAAAUAUGACCCUUAUUUUUCCUACUCUUUUCCUGUAAAUGUACGCCUGAGUCAGAUAUAUACGACCGAUCGGAGGACUAGUUAACUGUGGAUCCGGAUCUGUUUUUGAUGUUUAUUCCGCUUUGGCUUUUGCUUUGAAUAAAGCACUGUUUGCACAAACUAGUACACAAUAAACAUUCCCGUGAGCUGCUACACAUGUGAACGCUUGCGUCAU